CGUUGGACUGAAGUUGGGCUAAGGGUUUAACAUUAGCAAGCAUAAUAAAAGGGUUUGCCAGCGGAGAGGAAAAUCAUAUAAACCCUAAACCCUGGUCUCCUCUCCGUCCUGCAGACCUCUAAAACUCUUAGGACGUCCUGGUUCAAGUUUCGCGAUGGGGAAGAACAAGGGCAAGCAGCGGAAGCAAAUAAUUCUGCCACCGGAACUCCCGCCGGAAAUAACGGAGGAUGAGAUUGAAGUCUCCGACGAGGACCUUCAAUUCGUCGACGAAAACAAAGACUACGCUGGCUUCGUCUCUCGCUUGGACACUCAUUCUAUCACCAAGCAAGUCACUCGGGUGGAGGGUUUCAGUGAAGAUGCUUUGGAGGCUUUAUAUGAGAAACGAAGAAGGAAGGCACUGAAGCAGAAUGAGAAUGAGAAAACUGUUGUUCAAGUUGAUCCAGUUGAUGCCCUUCCUGUCAAGACUUUGGAUGGAGAAAUCUACUACCGAACAUUUUCUCAGGCAACAGAAGUAGCUGAAAAUGAAGAAGGGAAUGAAGAUAAGAGCAUGGUUAAGCUGACAAAAGCUGAAAGGAGGGCAAAGCUUAAAAAGAGUAAGAAAGAGGCUAAGAAACUAGGGAAGGAAUUGUCUAAAACUGAAGAAGUGCAACCAACUCAACAAGAAGCUGCAGUAGCAGAGGUGAAAGAAGACCUCACAGCUGAGGAAGCAUUUGAAAGCAAAAGGCGUAAGCUAGCUGAGCUUGGAAUGGCACUACUUGCAGACCCAGAGGCAAAUAUUAAGUCGCUGAAAGAGAUGUUGCAAUUUUCCAAAGAUGGUAAUCACUCUAUUGUAAAGCUUGGACUGCUGUCUAUGUUGGCUGUCUUCAAAGACAUUAUUCCUGGCUACCGAAUUAGGCUUCCUACUGAAAAAGAGCUAGAAAUGAAAGUUUCCAAGGAAGUAAAGAAAAUGCGGUACUAUGAAUCAACACUUCUGUCGGCGUACAAGGGAUAUCUACAGAAGUUGUUAGCCUUAGAAAAGCAGCCCAUAUUUCAUCAUGUUGUGGUUCGUUGUAUUUGUACUUUGCUUGAUGCGGUUCCUCACUUCAACUUCCGUGAAAGUUUGUUAGCUGCUGUUAUCAGAAACAUAGGCUCCUCAGAUGAUGUCGUAAGGAGACUUUGUUGUGCUGCUAUUAAGUCACUUUUUACCAAUGAGGGCAAACAUGGUGGUGAAGCUACUGUUGAGGCUGUUCGGUUGAUUGCAGAUCAUGUGAAAGCUCAUGAUUGUCAACUGCAUCCUGAUUCUGUUGAGGUUUUGAUGUCUUUGUCAUUUGAUGAGGAUCUUGGGAAGCCCGAAGUUGCAGAAGGUAAUAACAAAAUUAAGAACAAGAAAAAUAAAAAGAGAAAGAAUAUUGAGGAGUCAAAUCAAUUGCAAGGAAAUGACAGAAAGAAAAGUAAGCAAGAAAAGAUAGCAAAGAUGAAGGAAGAGGUUGCUGCAGAUUAUAAAGCUGUUGCUCAUAGUCCAAAUGUUGAGGAACGGAAGAUGAUGCAAUCUGAGACACUUUCUGCUGUAUUUGAGACAUACUUCCGCAUCUUGAGGCAUACCACACAAUCAUCUGUAGCCAGUUCUGAAGCAAAUGGUAAUAUACCUCCUGGUGCAUCUGGGGCACAUCCUCUUCUAGCUCCUUGUUUGACUGGAUUAGGAAAGUUUUCUCAUCUGAUUGACUUGGAUUAUAUUGGAGAUCUUAUGAAUUAUUUGAAAAGGCUUGCUGCAAGAGGUAGCAACUCAGAUAGUUCUGCCCAGAAAGUGCAAACCUUGACUGUGUCUGAGCGCCUUCGCUGCUGCAUUGUUGCUUUUAGAGUUAUGAGGAGCAAUCUUGAUGCUUUGAAUAUUGAUUUACAAGAAUUUUUUGUCCAGCUUUACAAUAUUGUACUUGAGUACAGGCCUGGAAGAGAUCAAGGUGAAGUGUUAGCUGAGGCUUUGAAGAUCAUGCUAUGUGAUGAUAGGCAACAUGACAUGCAAAAGGCAGCAGCUUUUGUGAAACGCUUAGCCACAUUUUCUUUGUGCAUUGGAUCUGCAGAAUCCAUGGCUGCCUUGGUAACGUUAAGGCAUCUUCUUCAGAAAAAUGUAAAGUGCCGAAAUCUAUUAGAAAAUGAUGCAGGUGGUGGUUCCGUGUCAGGCUCAAUUGCAAAAUACCAACCAUAUGCCUCAGACCCCAACUUAAGUGGUGCACUUGCUUCAGUACUUUGGGAACUGAAUCUUCUAUCCAAACACUAUCAUCCAGCCAUAUCGACACUGGCUUUGAGUAUCUCAACCAUGAACACUACUACACAGAACCAGGUUUAUCUCUCCAUUUCUCCUCAACAAGCAUUUAACAACUUGUCAUUAGAACAGGAGUCAUUCGACCAACGGGGCAGCACCCAGAAAUUAAAUAAAAAGAGGAAAAGAGGAAAUGCACCCUUGGCAUCGGCUGGUAUCGAACCUACUUUGUUCGAUGAAAAUGAGGUGAGCAAGAAACUUAGUAGGCAUUUCAUGCUUCUUCGGGACAUUAAGGAGAACGAGAGAUUAAGGGGUGAGCUGGACCAAAUUAUGUCGUCUUUGCAGUUAUAUGAAGAAUACAAGAAGCAAAGCAAUUCCUCAAAGCACAAAACCAAGAAAAGCAAAAAACUGUUGGCCGUAAACUGAAAUUUGAACUUCAAAAGCAGUCUUUUGGCGUUAAAUUCCUUUCAUUUUAGUUUCUUACCCCACUUGUAAGUUGGCAUUUGCUAAUGCUAUUACUAUAAUUUUGGUUUAGUUCUCAUAUGCAUCACGGAUUUAAAGAAGUAAAAAAUUUUGAAAAA